UUGUCAUUUAACUGGUCGCCUGUGAGUAGUAAUGCCUGAGCCGAAAACAGCCGCUGCCCCAAAGAAGGGCUCCAAGAAAGCCGUUUCUAAGAGCCAAGCGAAGGGUGGGAAGAAGCGUAGAAAAUCGAGAAAAGAAAGUUAUUCCAUCUACGUGUACAAGGUGAUGAAACAAGUUCACCCUGAUACUGGUAUCUCUUCUAAGGCGAUGGGAAUCAUGAAUUCGUUUGUAAAUGAUAUCUUCGAGCGCAUUGCCGGCGAGGCGUCUCGUUUAGCGCACUAUAACAAGCGCUCAACCAUUUCUUCCCGGGAAAUCCAAACUGCCGUGAGGCUUUUGCUACCGGGAGAGCUUGCAAAGCACGCCGUGUCCGAGGGUACCAAGGCAGUCACUAAGUAUACCAGCUCGAAGUAAACCGUACGACUCUUGUUCGCAACCAACGGCUCUUUUCAGAGCCACU